ACAGGUCCGUCCAUCUGCGACUCGUCAUCACCUUUGCGCCUGCUCUCUCAAUCUUUCCCUCAUCACAAAUAGACGAUAAAGGAUGUGGCUUGAGUUUUGCGAGUUGUCUGAGCUUACAAAGGACACAGUUAACAGACAUUAAAGAGUUGUGGGAGUUGAAGGAUUACAGUCGGUACACCCUGCACCUCCCCACUUUGCGAUGCGGACACCUGGCCUGACUGUCACACGUGUCCCUUUGUGACCUACGUGUGACUUCUAGUGACAUUGCUGGGGGUACUUUGUGAGAGUGUGCCGGGUAAGCUUUUUGCUUUUGGAUUUAAAAAGGUGUAAGUGUGGACAUUGCUUCUGUACGUGAUGGAAAAAAAGUUAACUAAAAAGUAACAAAGGAAUAUUUGCAAGACAGAUUAAUCGAGAGAUAGAAGUGAGGAAGGUAGAGAGAACGGGUUAGCAGCACCAGUAAGUGGAUUCUAUUUAGGAGUAGUGCUCACAGAAAAGAUUGUGUUUUUAAUGCACGAUGGAUGGAUAGAUGUGAAGUGGCAGAUAUAAAAGUGCAGAGUUCCAUUGGUUUGCUGCAGUCCGGUGACCAUACACUGUUUUGGGGACAGGAGUGGACAGCAUGUGAAGACACACGAAGAGUGAUCGAAGAGUUCUGGUUCAGAUGUAGAGGAAAAUAAAUUCGGAAAAAUGGGUAGGACGAGAGCCUUCAAAGAAAUUAGAGCACAAUCGGGUAUCCAGUGCGAGAACAAAGGAGUGACAUGGUCCCGUUUCCUAUUGCUUUGACCACCAGACGUGCACUGGAGUUCUGUAUUUUCUGAAGUUCGUGAAUGAGGUAUGCAGGGCGUGUGAAAGUUAUUUUAACAAUAUUUAUUAUUGUAACAUUUUCAGUUGUAUAGCAUUUUUGCAUAGCAUAAAACCCUAUGCUUAGAAAAAAUAGCGAAAAAGAGAGAACAGUAUUGUAUAAGCCCAUCCACACAUACUGGCAGAUUUUAAAAGCUUGUCCCAGGUUGCUUGUGUGAUUCUCUUGCAUGGCUACCAUUGCCCUGAAUUUUUGUGUCCUAUAACUUCCUUCAUCCAUACAUCGAGUUCAACAGCACUCAUCAUCUCCCAUGUCCAUACUGUGGCGUUCUUGUCGCGGUUGCCGCCUCCGAGCGCCGUCUGCCGUCAGUCGGAGGAACCGAUGCACAUUUUACAUCUCCCUCUUCCUCAUCGUCCUCGUGCUGGUCCUCCUGAUCCCCGGGGGCGAGAUCGCAGUGUAUAAAUACGCCCGGGGGGAGGGCAAGAACAUCUUCCUCACCAUCUUCUCGCACCAGCACAUCGGUGAUGACAGCGAAGCCUUGGUCCGUGAGCAGCGCUCAUUGCCUGGCGCCAAGCUCCUUCUCCUGUGGACACCGCACGAUGACUCUCCCGCCUGGCAGGUCAUCGACGACCCCUUCCCAGCAUGCCCCGUGAACGCGUGCGAGCUGACGAUGGACAAGCAGAAAGUGGCGGAAGCUGAUGCCGUCAUGUUCAGUACCAGUGGCUUUAGCAGACCUGAGGAUCUGCCUCCUGAUCACCCUCCCUGGCAGGUGUGGAUCUUACACAAUGCUGAGCCACCAUACAACAUCCACCUCGAUCUUAGCCUCUACAACGAUGUCUUUAACUGGACGUCGUGGUACAGAGAUGACGCCGACAUCUACUCCCCGUACGGCGACUACGACAAGAGACCUGCAGCAACGACCGCUGCUCCCACCGAGGAUGCCGAUGACCGUCUGGAUGAUCAGCUGGAGUCUCAGAAUGUCCCGGACGUCUACAGCCUGCACGACAGGUUCAUCUUCAUGGAGGUCAACAACUGUCUGGACAUGGCUAGGCGCUACACUAAGGUGGCGGCGCUGCAGGAGUAUCUUCCGAUCGACCUCUUGGCGCAUGCGUCGACGUUUGGUGCCCUGGCACCGAGGAGGACGAGUGCCAAGAGACCUGGGCCAGGUACAGGUUUGUGCUGGCGUUCGAAGACGGCUACUGUCGCGACUACAUCACCGACAAACUGUGGGGGGCAUACCGGCGGCUGCAGAUCCCCGUUGUCAGCGGUGGGGGCGACUACUCCAGGACUGCCAUCCCCAACUCCUACAUCGACGCCGACAACUUCACGUCGAUGCAGGAACUCGCUGACUUCUUGGCCCUAGUGGACGGCGACCGCGACUUGUACAAUUCGUACUUCCGGUGGAGGAAUGAGUACAUCGCCAGGGAGACCCCUGUGGCCAACUGGUGUCAGAUCUGCGAAGCACUGCACGACAAGAGCAUGGAACCCCAAGUGUACAGGGACCUUGCUGGCUGGGUGGCUCAGGAUUCCUGCCCUUUGUUUUCGAAAUACCAGAAUUUUUGGAGCCGUGUCUAUCUGUUCGUCUUUAAUGUGUUUGGGAUCUGAUGACAGCAUUGUCGACUUCACAGUGGAUUUAGACGAUAAGCACAUUCACGUCUGCACAACGCUUGUUCGAUGACAAAGGUUUAACGACACGCGCGAUGCUCGAUGAAACGGCGGCACCCACAUCGCUUGCGAGCUUCAUUAAUUGGUUAUCGACCAACGAUGGCCACGAAGACAUUCCGACAGUGCUAGGUGUGUGAUGAGAUUUUAAUUAAAGCAAGCACGUGCGCCUACGUGGACUCAUCAACUACAGUCGCAGAUGGCGCACUGCGUCAAGCGAACACUUCAAUAACUUAUCUCCCAUCCACCCACCUACCCCUUUAUUUCACCGGUCUGAGCUGCCAUCACCAUGGCGAGUCACAUCAACUGAAAUAUAGAGAUGUGAGCUGCAGCUCACAAACAAAAACAAAAAGUAUUUACACAAUGGUGUGUGACCUAUACUCCAAGAUACGCAUAUACAUAGGUGGCAUUGCGUAAACAAAAACAUAGAAACGUGGAAUGAUGAGAUGAGAACAGUUUUUGGCCUCUUCCUUGGAAAAUAAAAACAUUUUGAACAUUUAUAACUAUGACCUGGUGAGUUAUUACUGCACAUGACAUGGAAUCCAUUAUCUAGUGUCGUGUUAAAGACAUGGCUAGUCAUCUUUUUUUGUCGCUGUGCGUGUUCCUAUUUAGUGACAAAGAUGAUACACACAUAAAGAUGAUACAAACACUC